AUGGCACAGCAAGGACCCAUAGGGGACAAAGAAGGUCCUGGAUCCAGGCUCUAUUUCCUUGCAGGGACCUUCCCGAAACCCUCUCUCUGGGCCAUUCCAGGCUCUGUGAUCCCUUGGGGGAGUUCUGUAAGCUUAUGGUGUCAAGGGAGCCUGGAAACCCAGGGCUACAGUCUGAAAAGAGAAGGAAGAUCAAGGUUCUUGGAACAACCAAAUCUACAUGGAAACAAGGCCAAGUUCUCCAUCCCAUCUAUGACAAGAGAUGAUGCAGGGCGAUAUCGCUGUUUCUAUAGCAGCCGUGCUGGCUGGUCAGAGCCCAGUGAAGCCCUGGAGCUGGUGGUGACAGGAGUCUACAGCAAACCCAGCCUCUCAGCCCUGCCCAGCCCUGUGGUGAAAUCAGGAGCCAAUGUAACCCUCCAAUGUGCCACAGGACAACAGUGUCACAGGUUCAUUCUGACUAAGGAAGGAGAAGCCAAUCUCUCUUGGAACCUAGAAUCCCGACGUCUUCCCAAUGGACAGUUCCACGCCCUGUUCCCAGUAGGACCAGUGAUUCUUGGUCCCAAGUGGUCAUUUAGAUGCUAUAGCUAUGACAAGGAAAGUCCCCUUGUGUGGUCCAUACCCAGUGACCCCCUGGAGCUCCUGGUCUCAGUUCCCCAUGCUCAGGGCCCAUCACCACACAAGGAGCUCUGGGAGCCCCAGAUCCACACCCUCAGCUCCCAGCUCCACAGCAGGUGGACAUUUAGAUGCUAUGGCUAUUACAGGAGAAGCCCCCAGGUGUGGUCCAUACCCAGUGACCCCCUGGAACUGCCUGUCCCUGUACUCUCACUGCUCAAAGUGUCUCUAAUUCUUUAA